AUGAGUGCAAAUAAAGAAAAGGCCGACCUGUUUCGGCAUAUGGUGGAUGCGGUGGUUGAGCGACAUGUUGGAGGUCGACCACCGACUGCCCAGGAGAUAACGGAUGCGAAUCGUGACAGGACAAUAAAAUUCGCGGAGUUGGCACUAAAAAUUCCAAGGGUGGAUCCUGAUACCAUGAGAGAAUAUUUCGUGAAGGUCAAACAGUUUACAACAUUCGUUGAAAGAUGGGACAAGACGUUAAUUGAUCUCACGGCAUCGCCUGAACACCUUCCGAGUUUACUCCGCCACUGGUUAUCCGACGUCGUUGACCAGAGUAUACUCGAAGUCAAGCAAGAUACAGCUGGCAUUGAAGAGCUCAUAGAAGUCGCAACAAUUCAAAAUUACAAAUCUCACGCUAAGAGAAUGCUUUUUUAUAUAUAUCCACCUCCUUCUGUGGCCCAAGUGCAAACAUACAUUGAUGAUAUUGAAACUCACGUUCGUGGACUCAUCAGGGCCCGAAAGCUUGCAAGCGAUGAGAUCGAGGUUAGAAAGAAGGAUCAUCAAAAAGCACAUUCAAAUCAAGACCAGCGGGUCACUUCACAAGUUUUACCGUGGCUGCCUAUGCCAUAUGACGUAGAAGAUACCGAUACAUUUCGAGACAUGAAUCGAACGACGGGGUAUCUUCGCCGAUUGAUCGCUCCCUCAUUCAAGCUUACACCUCUUAUAGAAGGGGAGAAGACCCUUCCAGCUCCCGAAAGAUGUACAGACGAGGUGGAAAAGUAUCUGUCAACACGACUGUCAGAACUCAUGAUGCACGUGCCGGAUGGACUUUUGAAUGAAGAUGGGACACUCAAGCUGGACCAUGCUAGAUUGAAAGAAACGUUUCAAGGUCUGGACUUUGAGCUGCAUUCGGAUCCGGCAGCUUUGAAAGAACUUUUGACAGCCGCGAUGGAGUCAAUUGUCCGAGAUGUAGGGCAGAUGGGAGAUAUGUCGGCGGAAGAAUCAGACUCGGAAGGUGAAUAG